AUGGGGGUUUCAGGUCUUCUUCCAGUUCUUAAGCCAAUCCAAGAAACCAAGUCUCUAGGAGCAUACUCUGGUAAAACUAUUGCUAUCGACGGUUACGCGUGGCUUCAUAGAGCAGUAUAUUCUUGCACUUAUGAACUAGCCCACGACAAACCCACUUUCAAAUAUCUCCAGUUCUUCCAGCGUCGAAUAAGGCUUCUACUAUCAGUUUUCAACAUAAAGCCGUAUUUUGUAUUCGAUGGGGACGACUUUGCCUCGAAAUCCCAAACUGAAGACUCGCGGAAACAAUCGCGUCAGACGAAUAAAGAAUUGGGACUACAAUACUUGAGCAACGGGGAUCAUAAACGCGCCCAUGAUUUUUUGAGUAAAAGUAUUGAUGUAAGUCCAGAAAUUGCCAAAACCAUCAUCGAUUAUUUGAAAUUGCAAUCUAUUGACUACGUGGUGGCCCCUUAUGAGGCCGAUUCUCAAAUGGUGUACUUGGAACAAACUGGUCAAGUUGAUGCCAUCAUGUCAGAAGAUUCAGAUUUGCUAGUGUUUGGAUGCCAAAAAUUAUUGACCAAGUUCAAUGAUAAAGAGAAUACUGUGAUUGAAAUCCGCAGGGAAAAUUUCAAGAAAGUUCCUGGGUACACUCUUGGGACAAUGACUCCAUGCCAAUUUAGAAUGGCAGCGUGUAUCAGUGGGUGUGAUUAUACUUCAGGAAUACCGAAAAUGGGGAUUAAAAAAUCAUUACAAGCAGUCAGACAUUAUCAGUCAAUGGACAGAGUGCUUUUGAAACUAAGGUUAGAUAAAAUGAUUGUACCCAAGGAAUUUGAAGAAGAGUAUCGCCGAGCAGAUGCUUCGUUCUUGUAUCCCCGAGUAUUCGAUCCACAACAAUUACAAAUGACUACUUUAAAUCCAAUACCACCUGAUAUUGAAAACGACGAAUUGGAACUCAUUGGUGAGUGUAUUGGAACCCUACAUGAAGAUCCAGAUAUUCAUUACGGAGUAGCAUUGGGAAAUUUACAUCCAAUGACCAAGGAAUUAUUGGUAUCUAGAGAAGAAUCUUUGAUGAACAUGAACCUGAAGGCAAAUAUAAACAGUAAUAUCAAUAAACAUAAUAGAACAGUUCAAAGAUCUUGUUCCUCGCCGACUAUCAAAUCAAAACCAUCAAGAACCAUCGAUACCUUUAAAUUCUUUAGUUCGUCACAAACCAGCGAUAGCAAACCACUGGUGAUGAGAUCAUCAUCAAAUAAACUAUUCACUAAUACAGUGGAGACAACUAAGCCAGUAGUAAAGGCUGAUAUUACUUCGAUGAUUAACAAUCGAAUCAAUAAAUUCGGAGGUGGGGUUGAGAAAAUUAAACACGGCACAAAAAGCAAAUAUUUUGCCAUCAAGGUAAAUAAAAAGAGCCUUGAGGAACUGAAUUACAAUACACCAGACAACACAACAGUAACUGAUGUUGAAAAAUCUGCUAACGAGAAACCUACUUCAAAAAUAUCAAUAGAACGUCAACAACCAAUCAAAAAUAAUUUCAGCAUUACAGAAGUUACUCAACCGAUAUCUGAUACAGAAAAAGAAAAUAUUCCAAAAAUUACUAGCGCUGUUGUGGAAAACAAAAUGAAUAUAAAUGAAUCAGAUGAUGAAAUUAUCGACUCUGAUGGUGAUAUUGAUGGUGCAUCAUUUAGUGAUAAUGAGGUAAAAUCUUCGAACAUUCAAAUUAGUUCACUCUCAAGCAAGUUCAAAUACACUGCAUCAAACCAUACUAGCAAUAUCAAUGAACAAAAGAAACCAUUAGUUAGACUGGCAACCUAUAACAGCCUAAGAAAACCCCCAAAUACUAAGCCAAAAAGGUCAUUGACUGGGGCGAAAAUGAAUAAUAAGCCCCAUCAAGGGAAUAAAUUGUCCAGUUAUUUAGUACAGAAGCCUAAGCCAGCGGCUAAAGACUGUCAUUCGAUUAGCGGGGCUCUGGUGGGCAAAAUAUCAUUACAAAGUUUUUCAUAUACUGAAUGA